AUGAGAAGCAUUGCACUGAGAGGCCAUAGGGCUUCCAAGCCUGAAACACUUAUUUGUCAAUUAUGCCAGGUCUCGCCGUCACCGGCUGCUCGGUAUAGCCAACAAACGACACGGUCUUAUUCCUCCGCGACCACGACGACUCCCCGCAGCGACAGUGGACAAUCUCCUUCAAAGAAGGCCCUGAGAACUUAUUUGACGCAGUCACGGGUCAUCAAACGCUAUGCAUCCACCGCAUCAUCACAAACCGGUCCUUCCGACUUCGGCACGUCCUUGAGUGGUAUUGAAAAGGGCUCCGCGAAGCUUCGAAACUUGCAGACUGUGCCGUCCAACGAGGCAGUUGUCGCGGUCUUACAACAGUGCCUCGACGUUGCCGAGGCUAUUGCCCAGCCAGAUCGCGCAUCCAAAGAGGAGGACAAUGAAAUAUCUUCUUUACUGCACCUCGAGGAGAAAAACAGCUCGAAAAAGGCACCCAAAUCUACCCGGAAUGCGCAUCAACAACCGUCGGCGGACGCACUUUGCCGCAUCGUCCACGAUUUAAUAACGGACGAAAAGAUAUUCAUUUCGCCAGAAACAUUGACAUUUUACGUCAAGAUCCACACUCUUCUCAACCGUCCCGAGCGCUUCCCCGAGAUCUUCCACCUCUACGCCAACAAACCAAUUCCCGAGGAGAACAGUUCUCCCAUUAAAUACCUCCGUCCGAACCCGAAAAGCAUCAACAGUGCCAUCCCCGUUGAACUAGCCAACAUGGCUCUCGAUGUAGCUAUCUCGCAACGGAAUCUCGGUCUUGUCCUAGCCAUCAUCGAUAACACUUUUUGCGCACCUGCGUUCCACCGGGCAAAGUUCUUCAAAAAGGCCGCCAUCCCGCUCGGUCUGCUGGGAACUACACCGGCCGCCUGCUAUGCCGCCGCUUCUUGGGCAGCGACAUUCCAGAACACCAUGGAGCCGAGCACGGCCACGGCAAUUGCGUUCGCCGCUACACUCGCGUAUGUUGGAGGUACAUCAUCUGUCGGUCUAUUGGCUAUUACAACUGCAAAUGACCAUAUGGAGCGGGUUGUGUGGCUUCCGGGAGUUCCUUUACGGGACCGGUGGCUGCGGGAAGAGGAACGUGCUGCACUGGAUAAGGUCGCAGUGGCGUGGGGAUUCAAGGAUUUGUAUAUGCGGGGUGAGGAGGAAGGGGAGGAAUGGGAGAAUCUACGAGAGUUUAUUGGGAUAAGGGGGAUGAUUCUUGAUAAGACGGAUUUGAUGCAGGGUAUGCAAUAG